AACCCUUAUGCCUCUUUUGUGUUUGUUCACCUGCUCCUCAAUACACGGCUUCUUUUCCUCUCAACACCUAUCUUCUCUAUCAAGCUAUUUCACUCCAUUUAUUAUUUAGCCUUCUCUGUCUACACAUCCUCCAAAUCCAGUUUAACAAUUUAGCACAAAUUAGCCCUAAAAUUUGGUCACUAACAUCAACGAUGACUGAGGCAGCGAUUAGAACAAACCGCGUAUGGCGAACGUCAAAGACAUGCAUCUCCUCCAAGACGGUACCCCUCCUGGUGGUUUCGCUCCGGUCUGCUAUGCUCGCCGGAUUCAGUGUCGUUACCAUAUUCUUCGCUGCUUUUGGCUUUAUCUCUUGGGGCAUGUACCAGGUCGGCAAGGGAAUAACAUUCGUCGUUACCGAAGUGGGAGUUUAAAACCUAUCUUGGAUGGCACGAGCAGGAUCAGGGUUCCAAUACGGGUCCAGGAUUGUACAGGGAUUGUGACGCUCACCCUAUUUGAGCGUGAGGUGCUUAAGCUGUUGAAGGUUAACGCGAGUCAGCUGUUGGAUAAGAACCUUGAUUUAGCUAACGAAGGGAAUUUUCCGCCUGAACUCAAUGCUCUACUCAACAGGAAGUUUGCAUUCAAGAUAGCCAUAGGUUCUUUUAACAUACAAAACAAAUCGGAUGGUUACUCUGUUUCGAAAUUAACUGACAAUCCAACCGUGAUUUCCGAACUAGAUAAGAUUUUUGAUGUCAUUCAGCCUCUUGACGAGGAGCGUGUGAAUGUUGUUAGCUCUGACAUGAAAGCAGCAGAUGAGGUCCCCGUUAAUGAUUCUACCUCCCGUACCAAAGCCGAUGAGACACCUGUGUCUAAUUUUACUAAAGGCAUGUUUACAACACCCUAUGAAGAUGGCAACGGUACCUCACUUCGUGUCAUGGAACAGCCAGUUUUCACCCACGGUCAGCUGUAUGUUGCUUUAUCGAGAGUUAAAACCAGACAAGGAGUUAAACUUCUGAUUUUGGACAACGACGGCAAACCUGCUAAUAAAACGACAAAUGUAGUUUACAAAGAAGUAUUUCGUGACUUGUGAUCUCCAUGUACUCAUUCAUCGUUCGAUCAUUCAUUCCAUGUAACUGUUCUCUAAAAUGAUCCAUAACAUUUGUUUGAAGUCAUUUAAUGUUUAUUUUUUGUUGUUUUUUAA